AUGACGCUGUUGGAAAAUUCGCAGUAUCAGGAUCUUGUGCCCAAUGUCACGGAGCCAGGUUUCGACCUCGCUUCCAACCAUCGUAGCGACAGUCAGGCAGACUUACGUGAUGAUGCAGAACAGCCAUGGAUGGAGAUGACGCACGCCGAUAUACAGCAAGCUUCGAGUGUACAAGAUUCCGAGGUCCAUGCGCCGAACGCACAGGACCCAGACGCACAAGACACAGACGCACAAGACACAGACGCACAAGACACAGACGCACAAGACACAGACGCACAGGACGCAGACGUACAAGACACAGACAUUGAUUGGUUAGACAGUGAAGCGUCAGACAACGAGAAAUUAGACUGUAAAGAACCAUUCAACAAAGGGUCGGAUACGAAAGAGACAGAAGAGCGAAGUACACAAGCGCCCAGUGCAUCACCGGCAGGACGGGUAACUAAACAAUUGAUAAACAGCAUAUCUUCUGUUGCGCCGUCCGCGGAAAGGAUUAAAAGAAUCCACAGCCCUUCCUCGCAGACCCUGUCGAAGAGAAUCAGAACAACUCAACAAGUGGCAGUACACUCUAGGAGCAAGACAUGGGGGAUUACAAACGGGAAUCAAUUCGCAUCAAGGGUAGACAAUAUCCCUGAGCAGAUUCGAUUCUUCGAUUUGCACUUCGACAAUGACUCAAAGGAAUACCGUGUUACUCGCCUCCGGGGAGAUAUUCGCAACUGGCAUGAUCUUCAACCCGAUUCCACCUGUACGUGUCAGGACGAGACGUUCCGGCGCGGCGACCUUGUUCAUAUCAAGCUACACGGCAAGACGGACGUUAGACAAGGAGACAACCUGGCGCGUGUCGAUGAUAUCAGAAUGCUCUCGGUGGGUGAUGAACGAAGACUGGUGUUGAUCACAUGGCUCUAUCUUGCCGACGGUCGAUUGUAUGAGAGCAAUCACCUACAAAUUGUGCUCUGGGAUACCAUUACAAGACGCGCAACUCAAACCCUGGCCAACAAAGUCCAACCCCUUCAGCUGUACAAUGUCUGCGGGGGCAAGAAGCUCUGUUCUGCUCAGCAAGCCGAGCGAUGGCAUGUGAGGAAGGCGCGUGUGCUCAGCCAAGAUUACUCACCGGGUCCUGAAUAA